AUGGUGCAAGCUAUUAGAGAGGUGGUGGCUCUUGCAAACCCUAUAAGGGGGAUGAGUGCUUAUAGGAUAAGAGAGUUCUUGAGGAUGAACCCUCCAGAUUUUAGUGGCUCCAAGGUGGAAGAGGAUCCAAAUAGGUUCAUAGGUGAGGUUUAUAAGACACUUGCUAUCAUCGGGGUAACUUCUAGAGAGAAAGCGGAGCUAGCCGCUAACCGAUUGAAAGAUGUUGCCCAAAUUUGGUAUGAACAAUGGAAAGAUUCUAGGCUGGUAGAGGCGGGACCUAUAGAGUGGGAUACUUUUAAGUUGGCAUUUCUAGAUAGGUUAUUUCCUCGAGAGUUAAGGGAGGCUAAGUUGGAACAGUUCAUAAAUCUUAAGCAAGGCAACAUGAGUGUCAAUAAGUAUGCCUUGUAG